AUGAAUUUGAAUGGAGAAUUAUUAUUAGAUUGUAAAUGGAACAACUUAAGAAUCCAUGAAUUAAAUAAAUUAAAAGGUCAUACCAAUUCAAUAUAAUAAGUUUGUUUUUCUUCUCAUUAAAAUACAUUAGCAUCCUAUAAUUAUAAAGUAAUUCUUUUAUGGGAUAUCAAAACAGGAAAAUAAAUAACUAAAUUAAAUGUUCAGGAGGAUUGUGUGAGGUCAAUUUUUUUUCUCUUGAUGGAAAUACAAUAGCAUCUGAUAGUGAUGAUAAGUCUAUUAGUCUUUAGGAUUUCAAAACAGGAUAAUAAAAAGCCAAAUGAAAUGGUCAUAGUGAUGAUGUAAGAUCAGUUUGUUUCUCUCCUGAUGGAAAUGCAUUAGCUUCUGGUAGUGAUGAUAAGUCUAUUCGCCUAUGGGAUGUCAAAACAGGAUAAUAAAAAACCAAAUUAGUUGAUUAUACUCCUUAUGUCUACUCAGUUUCUCUCCUGA